GACCGAAUACGCGCAAUUUCAACAAUCCCACCACGCUCCGGCGCAUAUCCAAAGCUAUGGUAGCGGUCAGAGCCCUGCAGGUGGUAAUCCCUCUAUAACGUCGCCGACGCAGCAGCAAAUGCAACAAUUCCAGCAAACAUCACCCAUACUGCCGUCGCAGGGCUAUGGCCAUGGCGGCGCGCAGCAUCCACAACAUGCGCAACACCACCAGCAGAUCAACUUCCCCCAGCAGCAGUACAUGGCCGGCAUGCAAAAUCCCUACUUGGCAUCGCAGCAGCAACAGCAGCAGCAGCAACAGGCUGCAGCCAUGGCCACGGCAGCUGCGGCGGGGCCCGCUGGCUACUACGAUCAGAGCGCCAUCCCAGGCCAACUAGCACAAGACCCGCGCGCCUCUCCGCGCAUGUCCGUCUCGCAGAUGAAGAACGACGGGCGCGUCGCCCCGCGGUCGCCCACAAACGUCAACAACACAAUGAACAAUGCGCUUCCUUCGCAGGUUCAGAUGACGCCCACGCAGAUGCAGCAAAGACGCAUGAGCACCCAGAUUAGCAGCCCUGCCAUGCAGCAUCCACAGCCCGUCAUGAGCCACGGCGGCCCCCGCCCUUCGGUGCCUCCACAGAUGGCGCAGCAGCCUCAGCACCAGCAGUCACCCGAGCUUGUGUCUGGAGGCCCGCAAGCCGAGGAGGCCCCUCUCUACGUGAAUGCAAAACAAUUCCAUCGUAUCCUCAAACGACGUCUGGCCAGGCAAAAACUCGAGGAUGCACUACGGUUGACCUCCAAGGGACGCAAGCCAUAUCUGCACGAGUCCCGGCACAACCAUGCCAUGCGCCGUCCUCGUGGCCCCGGAGGGCGCUUCUUGACCGCAGAGGAGGUGGCCGCCAUGGACAACGCCCAGAAAGGCGAAGGCGAAGACGCUAACAAGGAGAACGCUUCGAUGGACUCCAAGUCGGGUGGUGCUGCACCCAAGCGCAAGGCCUCGGCUUCUCAGCUCAAGGGAACCCCAACCGUCAAGAAGAACAAGGCCGGUGCAGUGCAGCGCCACAGCACCAGCGAAGAGGACGAAGAAGAGGAGGAGGAGGAGGAUGAUGCCGAAGACGAUGGUUGAGCAGCCCUUACUCCCAUCUUCUCUUCUUCCUUGGACGAUUCGACUCUACAUUUUUUAAUUUCGACCUUUGGUGGUAUCUUCGAGACUCCUCCCCCCCUUUUCUAUUUUACGAAUUACGAAGCGAGUGCUUCUGGGAUAUUUGCUUGUCUUGUAUGCAUUUUACCCCCUGUUGUCAGAUUCCUGACGCCUUCACGCACACAUGGACACACAGAUGCACACACAAAUUGUCGUAGCAACAGAAUGGACGGGAUGACGGCUACGCAUAUGGUGGGUGGUCGGAACAUACGGCACUCGACUUCUGAUGAGUUUGUUUGGUUCUUGGGGGCCCUGUUAUUGCUUUCUACUCCUGUCUCCGGACCUUGUGUACAUUUCUUUUCCAUUUUUUUUUCAUGACCCAAUACCCACACUCGCUAUAUGCUUGGCGAGGAUACC